UCACAACAUUUUUACUGUUCUCGUCCAUAUUACAGGAAAUACCGUAUUGUAAUUUGCAUGUGAUGAAUCCUCUUAUUUGACCUGUUGCCUGCUAAGUAUAUUGGUUGUUCUUAAAGAUAUUAACUAGCAAAAUAACUACUAUUAAUUGAUUUUGGCUGUCGUUUGCUAGAGAAAUUGCAUGAGAAAUGAGCAGCCAAGUUAUCGAUUUGUUCGCCAAGUUUUCACUGGAGAAGCUCUCCAGGGACUGGAUAGACUUUGUUAUUGACUCAGACUUAACAGAGAUAGAAGACCUGCCUGGGAGCUUUGAAGACGAGCAUGUCUCUACCAACUUCCGCGGUCUGUUUGAUGCGGUCAUCAGCGAGCUGCGGGCAUGGGUCGAUAGCCUGCCAGUCCCUGUGGCUAAUGAGGAGAACCGCAAAUCUAUGAGUCUUGCCGAUCUCAGUGUCUCUUCUGAAGCUGACGAAGGGGAAAGACAUACUCCCAGUAGAUUCUGGGUGGAUCUCGCUCAAGUGGCGCCAAUUAAGAGCAUAAUGACGUUUCUGUUCUAUCAUGCGCACAUUGGGCAGCGGUAUAAUGCGCGUGAGUCCGAAAGAGAGCUCGGUUGCCUGGCUGGUAGCCUUUAUUUUUUAUUGCUGUCCGUACCCGGCAGCAAUGCAUUUCGUAUUUUUCAUCCUAUUUUGUUCCUCAAGACCCUGGAUCUGAUGCGCCUCACAACGAAGCUACAUAUCGGGGCCGUCACGCCCCGAAAGGGCAAGGGCCCUAAAGCCCCAGCAGGUCGUCGACAUGCUGAUGACCCUCCGGUUGCUGGCGACGAAGAUGACGAAGAGGACACCGACAUCACUCUACUCACUCAAAGAGAGGCCAACAAUCUCAUUCGUAACCUAAACUUCUUGCUACUAGAUUUUCUCAGGCUUACUGUUAGAUUUUCCCUCAAACAUUCCCCUGAAUCUAUCGAUGAAACCAUUAACAUUCUCGUCGAUGUUACGAGGAGCGAGACUCAUAACGCCCACAGUGUGUUUGUAGGGAAGCCCAACGAAGUUUCAGUGACAUCCCUUGUGUACAACUCGUACGUCGCUCUGCAGUGUUUGUGCGCCCAUCUCCACGGCAGCAUCAGGAAAAUAGUAACUCUUGUGCUGAAGCACAUCUUGCCUAAUAUCUUGAUGGUAUCUCGAGGAACCUCAGAUCUUUCAGUGCGAUCACUGGGUGUCAUCCGAGAUCAUUCUGUAAUAUUUGUUAGAUACUUGCUAACGCAAAUUAAAGAACCUUCUUAUGAAGGCGUUUACAUACUCGUGCAACACUUGUGCCUUAGAGUUCCGGAUAAAGCAGAUUUUCGACAAAAGACUUCCCAGUCUGUAGUUGAAAUACUACAAAACUUACCAAUUAAACUAUAUACAAAACUGAUGCAGUGGUUCUUCAAGUUCUCUCACAAUGAGAAAGCUGGCCAUCGUUUGUUUACUCUCGAAAUUAUAUCUCGAAUGCUGGCUGCUGAAGAACGACAUGCCGACGAUGGACAGGAAGCUGCCGCUUCUGCCACUCCAGACAUAACCAGUGCUGGUGCUAGUCCCGCAACUCCUGCGCGGGAAAGCAACGAGUCUACCUUCAACAUCUUGCCCCCAGACCAUUCUGUGAAUGUACCUGCUAACCGCAAUAUUUUAUCGCACAAAUUUCUGCUCAGUAUAAUAUUCUCCCGAUGCCGGGACUCGGCUGCAACAGUUCGCUCGAAAGCAUUGGCCUUGCUUGCUGAGUGCACGCUCUCUGAUAACCCAACAAUAAUGCUGGCUAUGAAGCAGAUCUUCCAAACGAAUCAACCUGUAGUAUUCACAACUCCACACGUUGAGAAUAACCAGUUCAAUCUAGAAAGUCCAUUGGAGGAUAUUGAAAGUUCGCCAAAUGACAAAGAAAACGAAGUGUCUGUUGAUAUGCCCAACGCAGCCAUGGUUCUCACCUUGCUCACGAGACGUUGCAGAGACGACAAAGUCACUGUCAGAAAGAGCGCUUUGCAAGUCUUGGAGAACCUCACGAAGCUUGACAACCAAAUGCUGACGAAGGCAAAUCUUCAGAUUUUCUGCGACCACUGCCGUGAUCCGGCACUGCUGAUCAGGAAGCAGAUGGUGGUCGCCCUCACCCAGCUGGUGGAGGACCACCCUCAGAUGGCGGCCGAGGCGUGGGUCAUGGGAGUGCUGCCUGCCAUACUUGACCCUGAGAUGAAAGUCCAGGAGAAGGUCACAGAGGUAAAGUCAUCGCUAUCUCUCAUUCUCUUCUUACUUCUAGUAAACGACCACCCCGAGUCUGAGACGCACACCAACGAGCUGCCGUGGCUGCUGCUGGCGACCGUCACGAGGCUCUCCUACCACAAGUUCCUCAGCAAGGCCAUCACCGUGUGGGGCGCCAGCGCUCUGGCCAAGCCAGGCAUCAUUGCCGUGACCAAAAGCCACAUCGGAGGCGAGCACAACGAACAAGCGUGGCUGUUGUUGUCGCUGUUGUCUCAUUGCUUGGACGUGACAGACGCCUCCUUCGCCGUGCGUUACUACAGGGACAACUGCCAAAACGUGCAGGAGGUGGGUUGGUGUUGCCUGCAAGGAGUGCUGCGAGUGCUGUGCAACAGCAUCAAGAGCAUACCGGCGCUGGAGUGCGCAGAGUUGCAGGAACUGCUGCUGCAGCCCGUCAAGGACGUCGCUGUGGGGGCCACCCUCAUGCCUGCCAUACUUGAUCUGCUGGUCUUGAUUAACGUCAAACUACAUGGCGAGGACCAGCCUGGCCAAGAUGCGAUGAAGGUGUGGGUGGCGCCACUCCUUGUCUCCUGUGAUGAACAUCUACAGAAAAUACUCUUUUCGCCGCAGCAACAAACUCCUUUAUCUGCUCAUGACGAAGAACAGCUCUUCAGGCGGAUAUUCCUGCUUGGUGAGGCUGGUCUGCUGCUGCCGUCAGCAGUGAACAAGCGCAUGUUCCUGAUGCUUCAGAGCAUCAUUUUCCAUGGGCAGCACGGCACUCAUGGCGCCACUUCCCCUCCUCCAGGAAUCCCGUCGUCCCAAAUACAGUCGUCUCAGCCUCUCAACCUCAGCUAUGUGCCCAGCGCCAGAGUGAAGGCGGUGAGUGUUGCAGUGCUGGGCAAGCUGUGCCUGCAGCAUGAGAGUCAAGCAAAGCGCAUAGUGCCGGCGCUGGGGCGGUUGCUUGAUAUGCAAGUUGGCCCCGACAUAAAGACCAACAUCAUCAUGAGAUAUUAUGGCUUCAAGAGAGAUCACGAAGUGAAGUACGCGACGGUUGUUGACCCGCUGAUGCCGCAAAUGACGGCUUGCCUGCGUGAUCCUGACCUGUCGGUGCGACGCACGACUCUCACCCUCGUCAUCUCGCUGCUACAGGAGGACUACCUCAAGCUCAAGGGCUCCUUCUUCUACAGGAUACUACAGUGCCUAUGUGACGACCAUGAAGAGAUACGCGACACGGUCAUUUUCUUCCUGACCGAGAGGCUACUCAAGAGAUUCCCUAAAAUAUUCCUGCAGCAUUUCAUCGAGUGCAUUUUCCAUUACAACUGCUACGAGGAGCACGAGUCGUACAACCGCUUCGCCCAGAACCAGCAGGAGAAGGAGCUGUUCUCUCUGGCGGGGCCUGAGCACCUGGCAGCUCGCAUGAGCAUCUACAAGUUCAUGCUCGAGCACAUGGCGGACGAUCAACGCUUCUCCAUCACGCAGAGGCUGUGUCAUGACGUCAUAGGUGGCGUGGUGGACGGGCGUAUGGGAGCAGCAGGCAGCGAUGACGUGCUGCGCGACACGCUCCUUGUGCUCUGCAGUGACGAGAUCAAACUAGCGUCCCUCAAGUCCAGGCCUGAGGAGGACCAUCCCGUCAAUCAGGAGGAGCAGGCGCAAAUCGCUGGCAUGGCCAUCAAGAAAACCAUCAUCUCGCAGGUUGUGAAGCGCAAUGUGAUUGAGAACAUCGUACCAAUCCUCAUUGCCCUGAAGCACAAGCUGGAGAAGCAGCGAUCUCCGUUGAUGAAACAACUUUUGCUCUACUUCAAGGAGAUAAUGAAGGACUACAAGAAUGAGAUCAAAGAAAUUCUAGCCGGCGACAAGCAGUUAGCUGAAGAAAUCGAAUUUAAUCUGCGACAGCUGGAGGAACGGCAGAAAGAAGAAGAAGCUGCACAGCGUUUGGCGGAGCAAGCAAGAUUGAGAGAAGAAACGAGACUCCGAGGAAGAUUAAGCACAGGAGUCGCCGACAGAACUUCCCUGCCACACUUGAAGGAAUGCUCGGCUAAGGAAGCCUCGUCUGGUACGCAAUCAGCUGCACCAUCUCUCGAAAGCCAUAGCGGCUUUGGGAACAAUUUAACCAUGUCAAAAAGUCCCAGCGCACUUGAGUCUAAUAGUCCUGCAAGGGCUCAGGAUCUGUCUCAGCUGUGCGCGGAUAGAACAUUGCAAGUCGCUGUUGAAAGACUUUCGCCAAAACGAAUAGCCUGCAUUAAAGAGAACUUCCUCAAAAAUGCAGUGUUAAAUAGCCAGCGGUUAGCAAACAAAAAAAGUGUUGCUGGAAAUUCCACGGAGACAGAAGAAAAUCUGUCCAAUGACUCUGUACAAUCUCCUAAAAUAAAAGCUGCCUUUGAAAAAAGAAGGUUAAACUUAGAGGCUGAAACCGCAGCAUUUGUUUCAUCUGCAAGAGAAGAGAUGCCUGCGCCCCAUGGCCCUGUUCAUGACGAUCAAGUCGCAUCAACUUCUGGUGAGGCUCGUGGGAGGACGAGUGAUGAUGUUGAAAGUGAAGCAUCUGGCGAAGAAGCGUCAAGUGACCGCCGUGCAAAUCCCGUUAACAGAAACGCGCCGGCAGCAUCGACGCAGAAGGAACAGCAAGAAGCGCCGCGACACGACGAUAACGCUGAAGAUGGCACUGCACCAACCGCAGACGCUGAAUUGCGUGAGGCAAGAAGACUAGAACUGCUUCGUGCGAUAAGCACUCCUACCCGCAAUCAAAGCGUCAUUUGUAACAUAACUUUCAAGAAUCAAACUCAAAAUGUGAGUGCGAUCCCUGAAAAUAUGUCGACUUUAUCUGAAAUAAGUGAGGAGCCAUCUAAUGACCAACAAGGAAGCAUCUUGUUACACUUCAAAGAUCCUACAGCUUAUGCCAAAGAUGACCAGUUCAGCAUGAUAAGGAAGAGCACCAAACGAAGCCUAGACAAUGACUUCAAGAAGUUGAGGAAAACGGAAGCAGAUAAAGACAAGCGUAAGGCAAGCGGUGGUCUUUUCGAGUCGGUUUGCAGCGAAGGAGAAGUCGAUGGACAAGAAAUGGAACAAAGUUUUCGUGACUCGCCUGGAUGUAGACCUGAGGUUCUGGUGACCAAGACGAAUAAGAAGAGAUCAAAUGGAAAGCGUAAGAGCAACAAAUGAAUGAGCGGGUAGUUUAAGACAACUUUUCUACGCUCCAUUACAUUUUUAAAACUUAUUUUAUGUUGAGAGGAUAAAUAGUUUAGCCGAAAUUCAGUUAGUUUGUAUUUUCUACAUGGAAAGGAGAAGACCUGUUACGGUACAAAACAAUCAGAAGGUAAGAAGCCGUGCUUUAAAAUCUCGUUUUAUUUUGUAUAUGCGUUUAACGAUAGUAUUAUUAGAAAAAUUUUCCAGUUCGUAAUGUUUUUUUUUACC